AUGACGAGCGUAUUUUCGUCCUGCUUUGGAUGGGCCAAGAACGGCACCGAGGCCGAACACGAACCACUCUUGCCCCAGUAUGAGCAAGACACCCACCUACAGCGGCAGCUGUACCGGAAGCUCCACAGCUAUCAGAUGAUCCGCGCUUUCACUAAAGGAUAUAUGCCCAGCACCGAGCAAAUCAUCGUCAACCUCCGCACACUGCUGGCCAGCGAUGUCCUCAACCCGGACAAUCCAGAUCUGUCGGACAGUGGCUGCCGGUUGGUGCGACUCACCAAGCUAUGGCUUCACCAGUUCAUCACCCUACUUCAGCACAAGAACGACAAGGACCAGAUUCAGGAUCUUAUUUGGUUCUUGACCAAAAGCAGGAUUUCAGUCGAUGUUGCCGAUCUCCAGGUCCGCGCCCAGAAGUCCAAGGCCAAGGCUGACACCGCUGCUGCAUACAAGAGCCUGCAAACUGUGGGGUCGCUGCUGUUCACCAACUCGGAUUUCCGCAUCUUCCUCAAUGAUCUCAAAGUAGUAGGCCGCGAGAUAUUCAAGGACUCUGCUUUUGCCUUGAGUUCCGCUGCUGAGCAAGUCGGCAAGCAGAUUGAACCAUCUCAGGAGGAGCAGAACAGUGUUGCCAAUGGCAAAGCAGACGCCAAUGGCAAAGCAGACACCAACGGCAAAGCACCAUCUGGGGAGGAGCUGACACAGGAAGUCCAGGAUAUCAGCAAAAUCGUCGCAGAGGGCGGCAGUGAAGUGGCAAGCGCAGCCAUAGAGAGUGUACAGGACAAACUCACUGGUGAUGAAGGCUCGACAUUGCUCAAACGCCUUCAGCAGGUUGUGUUAAACCUCCGCAAGCGCAAGGACUAUUCCGACUCCGUCUCUACACUUUCGUUACUUGUCAAGCGAUACGCCAAGGUUUAUUCACGUGCAGCUGAAGAGAUCAUCGACGUGGCCCAGGAUGAUGUGAAUGAGAACCCCGAAGCAGAUGAAGCUGUUAAAAAUCUAUGGGCGUUCGUCACUAGUUUCGGCGACCAGAAGUCAUGGGACAAAUGCGAGGAGCUCUUCAAAAAGGUGAUGAGCCAUAAGGACAGUGAUCCUGAGUUCGAAAAUCUCAUGUUGGAUGUUGGCAAUAGUUUCCAGAGCCUGUUGACGGACCCCGAGUUUUUCCACAACGCCGAGGAAAAGCUACGAGAACUUCGAAAGAAGAGCAAGGAGGUCGGCACAGAGAGCAGUCUGCGACACGACGUCGACGAACUCCUUCAGCAACUCUCGGUCACGUUCCAGAGUGUACUGCGGGAUGAAGACAUACACAACCUCACAACAACCACUUUGCGAGUCUUCGGGGUCCUGUCUCCUACCAGUUCCGCACUCAACACCGACCUCGUCCAUGAUGCUCUCAACGUAUUCGUUCCCCUCGUCAUAUCCGCCAUUCAGUACUUUCCCAUUCCCCGCCUCGAAAAUGUCAUCAUCGAACCAGGCGUAACGGUCAACCACAGCUCCUUCCUGCCGUACAGACUGAAGGUGGAGAUGUACAACGAUAUUGAAAUUCGUAAAGCUCGCUUUGGAACCUCCACAACAAGCAAGAACCUGGCCCUUAUCAAGAUCGACGGCCUUUCCCUCCGUGCAGAGGAGCUUGGCUUCUGGUUCCGUGCCCACAGCGGCUUGUUCCGCUUAGCCGACGAAGGCAUUGCAAGUUUUGCUCUGGACGAGCGUGGAAUCGACAUCCAUCUCGAGAUUUUGACACUUCGCGCCGUCAGGAGCAAAUUCUCCUGGCUCGGCUGGCUUUUCAAGCCCCUCCUACGCCCCCUUUUCAAGACCACCAUGGAGAUUCAGCUGGCGACGGCGAUUGGCGACAUGUUGCGCGCCGCAAACCGUGAAUUGCUGUAUGCGAGAGAGCGUCUGCGCGCUACGCGGAUCGCGGAUCCGAAUGACUUAUUAACAUUCAUCAAGGCUGUGGCGGCACGGCUGGUGCCGGCGGAGGACCCAGACUUGUAUACGAGAGUUGGCGUGGCGCAGCCAGGCGAGGGCGUCUUCAAGGGUGUGUAUACGCCGAGCAGCAUUGUCAAGAUCUGGAAUGAAGAGGCUUCUAGAGCAGGCGAUCGCGUCGAGGAGUUUGAGGUUGGUGGAUGGAGAAACGAAGUUUUCGACACCCAUGCGCGAACCUUUAUGUGA